AUGGAGUUUGCGUUCGAUGUGAGAGGCGUCCUUCCCGAUGCAGUCACUCGUGUCUCGAGGGACCAGCUGCCAGGCCUCAGAAACAACCAGAGUCGAGACGAACGGAGCCAGCAACUAGCCACGAUCGUCCAUAAACUCGGAGCAGCAUCUUCCAAGGCUCAGGGGCUGCGGGUUGCAGUGACGACCUACCAGAAGCUAAUGGCGUCCUCCCACACUCUCUACCUACUGAGAGACGAUGGUGAGCUGCCAGUGGUGGUUGGUCUUCUCAAGGUCGGCAGAAAAAAGCUCUUUCUUCAAGAUCUCCUCGGUGUUCAGAGAGAGACAGAGCCAAUGUGUGUCCUCGAUUUUUACAUCCACGAGACCCGACAGAGGGCAGGGCUUGGUCGCAGACUAUUUCAGACCAUGCUGGACAUUGAGGGGCUGAAGGCAGCAGAGUUGGCAAUCGACAGGCCCUCCACUAAGUUCCUCUCUUUCCUUAGAAAGCACUACGGUCUUCACCUCCAUGUCAAACAGGGAAACAAUUUUGUGGUCUUUAGUCAAUUUUUUCAAAACUUUUCUCGACCUAACUCUAAACUAACCAGCAAUCUAGAAAGUGGUAAGGAGCAGAAGAAAAUAGAGAUAGUACAGAACGGAGUGGUGGAGGAUUCACCCAGCAAGCUGCCCUCUACUGAGGAGUCUCUGAAGCCUAUUACCACUCGUGGCAAGAGCCAACAGCAGUGGAUUCUCCCUCCUCCACACGACGGCAACAAUGUAAACUGGAGCCCGGAAACUGUGCUUCUUCGCAGCAGGCAGUAUCUGCGACCAGUUCCCUGUGACAUUAUCACAGGGGCCCCCCUUCCGACGAGGGAGAGGCCUUCUCAAGCCUGCCACAGAGGAGAGAGAGCCCCUCUACUAACGAUGAGGGAGAAGAGGUGUCUGAAGGGAGGGAGCAGACUGGGAUUCGGAGGUCCGUUUUCAAAGUUAAGUCAGACAGCCACACCCCAGGGGUGGCGGCUGGCGGGGCAGGGACUAAGGCCCCAGGACUCGGUCUACUCCAGGCACAGUCUCGGUUCCAUACGGCCAUCAUCACAUGCACUCAUAUCCCCAGACCACAAUCCAGACGACCGCUCCUCUGGCAACAGAAGUGAUCGAUUCACAUGAAAUACACUGUCAUUGUUUUCUUAUUAAAAAUCAGAUUUAAAGGCAAGGGUCAAUUAAAAUUUAAAUUUAUGGGUUGAUGAUACAAAGAGAAAAAUAUUUAUUAUGGUGUUAAAUAAUUGGUAUAAUACAGAGACAGCUGAUGGAGUAAACAGUUCAAAAAUGUACGAGGAUCAUCUAUUUCUCGGAUCAUAGCUUGGCUCUACAACCAGAGGUUUUCCGUUCUUUGAAAUGGCUUUUCCGUGAAGGUUGUUGACGGCCUUAGUUCCCCCCUCGGCAUCCAUGAAAAUGUAAGUGACAUUUUUCCUCUUGGGGUCAGAGACCAUUUUCAGGACUUGGCCGUAGCGGCUGAAGACCGUUCUGAGGUUCGCGGGGUUGUGAUCGGCGGACAUGUUCUUGACGAACAGCUUCACGUGAUCCACUCCCGCCAGGUCUGCGAGGGCGCUGGCGGCAGCGGGCGGUUGGGGAGGAGGGGAGGGAGAACGCGCUCUCUGGAGGGAAAACAGAGCAUCAGUGUGAAAUACCAUGGCUAUCGUGGCACUCAUUUGAUGUAUAAGUAUGCAACGGUCGUACGCAGAUGCCUUGCGCCAAGUAAGACCUGCAGUCGCUUCCAGAUCGCUACAGAGUUCAUCUACGCAG